UUUCCUAGGAGUCAAGCGGCGCCGAGGCCAGCAGCAAUUGGCAGGAGAAGAGAAUAGUGUCGCACCCUUUCAGCCGGAAUUUCAAAUGCCUUGGAAAGAGGACUUAGAAUUUGCAAAGCAGGAUAAAGCUGCCAGAGUCAUUCAGCAGGCCUGGAAAAGUUUCCUUAAUGCUUCUAUAUUUCAACACUUUAAAAGUCUAAUUGAUUUAAGAAGACAAGGAGAACCACAUCAAAUAAUGAAAUAUAUUAAUCCCAAAGAGGCAGAGCUUCUAGACGCUGCUGCUGGCAUUCAUGUGCGAUUCAGAUUAGGUGGAGUUAAGUUUCCACCUGAUAUAUACUAUAAAAUUUUUACUCACAGACAUAUUGAAGAUCUGUGUGCUAACAGCCCUAGAAAUUAUGCAAAACUUCCAGCAAAGCAUACAUCUCAUAGUAAAGAUGAUCAUCUUCAGGAAGAGGAUUAUAGUGGCUGGUAUCAUCGUAUAGAAAACAAUGGCUGGAGGCCAGUUUCUGAUAGAUUUUGGCUAUCUACUGACAGUGUAGUGGUGGAAGACAAAAAGGAAAGUGAAUUCCAUUUCUCUAAACUAAAGAAAAGGCAAGACUUGGAAAAGAAAAGAAAACUUACAAAAAUAGAGUGGAUGAGGCAAAUGUACUUCUCAGGAAGUCUGGAGGCUAAGUCAACACAUCUUGAAACUCUAGGACUAAUUCACAGUACAACAAAAGAGCUGAUUAGAACUGUUGAAGACGGUGGGAUAGAUUCUGUGAUGGAAUGGGAAGUGGAUGAAGUGCUGAACUGGACAAAUACACUGAACUUUGAUGAGUACAUUGCCAGCUGGAAGGAAAUUGCUACAAGCAACUCUUCGGCUAAUUUCAAAGGAUUCAGAUUUGAUCAAGCACAUCAAAACAUAUAUGACUAUGGAGGAGAUAUAUCAGAGAUGGAAAUGGGAACACCAGAUGAUACUUACUAUGAAAAUGUUUAUCAAGAACCAAAUGUAACUAGAUUAACGCCUGAUUCUACUUAUGGACUAUAAAGUACUUUAUUUCUUCUGAGCUAUAGUCCUUUGCGCCCUGCACCCAUCAGUUAUAGCCAAGAGAUAAUAUAUUCUGACUGGAAUGACUUGUGUGUAUAUUCUGGGCACAGAAUCCAGCUCAGUUAAGUAAGGAAGGUUGAGCAGAAAUAGAACAUUGGACUGAAUACAAUGGCCAUGACAAAUAAAGAAAUUAUUCCUAGUAUUCUGAGAAACGGUAGUAUUCUAACAGUCACACUUAAGUAAAGAUACUAUA